AUGGAUCGCCCAGAAGUUAUUGAGCCGCCGCAGAAGCGGCAAAAGACCCAGGAGGUUACUGAGGUUGAUGCCGUCAUUGAUGCGCUGCCCCAGGCUGAUGUUGUUGAAGAUGCGCAGACUGCAAAGGAACGCGGUGUCGGCAUCACGGAGCUUGUCACCGCCAACAUUGAUGGAUUCUCUGGCACCUUAAAGAAAAGAUACACCGACUUCCUAGUCAAUGAGAUCACGCCCUCCGGCCAAGUCCUCCAUCUCCGAAACCCUGCCGUACCUGAGUCCCUCGGUGAGAAGAAGGAUGAGACGCAGCAGCCUGAAGCGCAAGCGCCAGCGCCAGCAGCAGUCGUCAAAGAGGAGGCCCCGGAUGCUGUGUUUAGUGUGUCUGAGGAAGACAAUGCUUUGCUAUGUGAAUGCCUUGGCGACCAGAAUGCUGCAGACACCAUCAAGCUUCAUGCGCGCGCGAUGUCUGACCGCAAAGCGAGACCAGCUGAGUUCGGGAAAGUCACUCUCAAGGUGACUGAUCGUGACCAGCGCACCAAAAUCCACAUGUCUAUUCGUCGCAUCUUCAAGUCUCAGCUGGAGUCUACCACCGACAACGAUGGCAAUCUUGACAUAAUGGCAGCGGCCAACCGCUUCAAGCGCAAUAUUCAGCAACAGACCGGUCGUGGUGGUGGCCGUACUGGUGGCGGUCGAGUCAGCUGGGAUGAGUUGGGCGGCCAAUACCUUCAUUUCACGAUUUAUAAAGAGAAUAAGGAUACCAUGGAGGUCAUCUCGUUCUUGGCCCGCCAGAUGAAGAUGAACGCCAAAUUGUUCCAAUUCGCCGGUACCAAGGAUCGCCGUGGUGUCACUGCGCAGCGGGCCUGUGUUGUUCGCGUUCACGCCCACCGACUGGCGAAGAUGAACGAUACUCUUCGUAAUGCUCGUCUAGGUGAUUUCGAAUACCACAAGCACGGCUUGGAGCUUGGGGACCUCUAUGGAAAUGAGUUUGUCAUCACCCUUCGGGAUUGUCAAGUUCCCGGUGUGGGCCUGGAAGACCCUCAAGCCGCUGUUGCAAAGGCCACUGAGAUUGUCCGAUCCUCGUUGAAGAACCUCCACGACCGUGGUUACUUCAACUACUAUGGUCUGCAGCGAUUUGGAACGUUCUCGACCCGCACCGACACAGUUGGCGUGAAGAUCCUUCAGGAUGAUUUUGAGGGUGCGUGCAAUGCAAUUUUGCACUUCCCCCCUCACGUCCUCGCCGCCGCAGAGGAAGGCGAAGCCUCCACUGCUCUUAUCAGCAGUGAUGACAAGGCCCGGGCCAAGGCAAUCCACAUAUUCAAGACCACAGGAAAUGUUAAUGACGCCUUGAGCGAGCUCCCGCGGAAGUUUUCCGCAGAAGCCAGUAUCAUUCGUCAACAGGGCUGGGGUAAGAAUGAUUACCUUGGGGCUUUGCAGGCCAUUCCUCGGAACCUGCGACUUAUGUACGUGCAUGCAUACCAGUCUCUUGUGUGGAACUUUGCUGCUAGUGAGCGCUGGCGUCUUUACGGCGACAAAGUUGUCGAGGGUGAUCUUGUCAUUGUGCAGGAGCAUCGAGAGAAAGAAGGAGAUAACGCCGAGAACAAUGAAACCAUCGAUGCCGAUGGAGAGAUCAUCGUGGUGCCCCAAGGCGGAGAUAGUGCUAAUUCUACGGACGACUUGUUCACACGGGCACGGGCUCUAACGGCUGAGGAGGUUGCCAGUGGCAAGUACUCUCUGUUCGACAUUGUUCUCCCCCUGCCUGGUUUCGAUGUCAUCUACCCUCCUAAUAAGAUGACCGACUUCUACCGCGAGUUCAUGGCCAGCGAGCGAGGUGGUGGUCUGGAUCCAUUCAAUAUGCGGCGGAAGUGGAAGGAUGCCAGUCUGAGUGGCAGUUACCGUAAGAUUUUCAGCCGCAUGGGCACUGACUACUCAUUUGACAUCAAGCUGUAUUCCCAAGAGGACCAGCAAUUUGUCAAGACGGAUUUGGAGAAUCUGCAAUCGGACUCCCAGGCUCCUGUUGCCACCCCUGCUAGCCCCGCUGGUGACAAAUUGGCCAUUGUGCUGAAGUUCCAGUUGGGAUCCAGCCAGUAUGCCACCAUGGCCCUCCGGGAACUGUCCAAGGGCCUGGUCCACGAGUGGAAGCCUGACCUUGGAGGUGGCCGGUAA